AUGACAGAUCCAUCCAUCUUGAAUUCCAAACGAGUAGUCUAUGUAGGUGGUUUGGCAGAUGAAGUCACCAUACCGCUGCUUCGAGCCUGUAUGAUCCCUUUUGGGCCCAUACAUUCCAUCGACAUGCCGAUGGAUUAUGCCAAAGGAACCAGCAAGGGGUUUGCCUUUGUAGAGUUCGAAGAAGCUGAGGAUGCCACAGAAGCAAUAUUCAACCGCAAUGGUGCCAAUCUCAUGGGAAGAACUCUCCAAGCAAGCAUGGCACAAGCCAAUCAAGCCAACAAGCUGACUGAACCAGUAUGGAACAGCGAUGAGUGGUUUCAAAAGAAUCAAGCAGAGCAGAAGGAGGGAGAAACUGGCAAUAGUAAUAGCAAGUCUUAG